AUGACAAAACCUUCCACCAACACUUGUCUCAUUGUUAUCGAUGGUUGGGGUAUUUCCCCCGAGGCUGACCCCAAGGGAGACGCUAUCCGGAACGCGGACACCCCAGUCAUGACAGACUUGCAGAAGAGGUAUCCUACGACUGAGCUCGACGCGCACGGUUUGGCAGUUGGGUUGCCCGACGGUUUGAUGGGAAACUCUGAGGUCGGUCACCUGAACAUUGGCGCAGGUCGAAUCGUGUACCAGGACAUUGUUCGAAUUGAUCUUUCCAUCAAGAAUAAAACAUUGGCUCAACAGCCUGCACUCGUCGAUGCCUUCAAGUCGGCCAAAGAAGGCAAUGGGCGCCUUCACCUAUUGGGUCUCAUUUCUGACGGAGGGGUCCAUUCCCAUAUUAGACAUCUUUUCGAGCUCUUGGAGGCAGCGAAGGAUUAUGGUGUUCCCAAGACUUUCGUCCACUUCUUUGGCGAUGGGCGGGAUACGGCUCCCCGAUCCGCUGACAAGUAUCUUCAAGAAUUGCUAGACUUUAUGAAGAAGAUCGGAUACGGCUCUGUCGCCACUAUUGUUGGACGCUACUAUGCCAUGGACCGUGAUAAGCGAUGGGAACGCAUCAAGGUUGCUUACGAGGGUCUAGUACAGGGAGUUGGAGAGAAGACGGAUGACCCGUUGAAGACUGUCAAAGAACGCUACUCCAAAGACGAGACGGACGAGUUCUUGAAACCCAUCAUUGUUGAAGAAGAUGGACGGGUUCAAGACAAUGAUACCCUUAUCUUCUUCAACUACCGUAGUGACCGUAUGCGGGAGAUCACCCAAGCAUUUGGCAUUGAGACACCGUUUGAGACCGCCAAGAAGCCAAAGCACAUUUCCAUUACCACCAUGACCCAAUACAAAGCCGAUUACCCUUUUCCCGUCAUUUUCCCUCCACAAAAGAUGACCAAUGUUUUGGCGGAAUGGUUGGCUCAACAUGACAUUCCCCAGAGCCACAUUGCCGAGACUGAAAAGUAUGCCCACGUGACGUUCUUCUUUAACGGAGGCACAGAAGCACAGUACAAGAGAGAAGAUCGCGAGAUGAUUGCGUCUCCAAAGGUGCAAACCUACGACAAAAAGCCGGAGAUGAGUGCAAUCGAGGUGGCGCAAAAGGUAGCGGAAACGGUCGAAACGAAAAAGUAUCCCUUCGUAAUGUGCAACUUUGCCCCUCCAGACAUGGUUGGACACACUGGUGUGUACGAAGCUGCCAUCAAGGGCGUGGAAGCAACCGACAAGGGAAUUGGAAUUAUAUAUGAAGCGUGCAAACGCGCUGGAUAUACACUCUUCAUUACAGCUGACCACGGAAAUGCCGAAAAGAUGUUUGGAGAUAAUGGACAGCCACACACGGCUCACACUACCGCCCGAGUUCCAUUCAUCAUGACAUCCACCACCCGCAAAUUCAUUCCGUCUAAAAUCGGCGCAUUGGCGGAUGUUGCUCCGACAAUCUUGGAGGUGAUGGAUCUGCCUAUUCCAGAAGAAAUGUCGGGGCAGUCUCUGCUAGCCAAGUAG